UUAUGAUAAAACCCUAACACCAAAACCCUUCAGUUCCUCCUUCGUUCUCAUUCCUUCUUUCAGCCGAUAACAUACAACGGAGGGAAAGGCUAUAGCUCAUACUAUUUUACGUUAAAGCCAUGGCGCUGUAUUUACUAUACGAGUCGGCGUCUGGUUACAGUCUCUUUCUUGCUAACGGACUCGAUGAAAUUGGACAGAACACAGAAGCUGUUCGCAACUCCGUCGCAGAUCUCAACCGCUUUGGCAAAGUCGUUCAGUUAACUGCUUUUCUUCCUUUCGAGUCAUCUUUAGAUGCAUUGAAUCAGUGUAACUCAGUCUCUGAAGGGCUUAUGACUGAGGAAUUGAGGAGCUUUUUAGAACUCAAUCUUCCUAAAGUCAAGGAAGGUAAGAAGGCAAAGUUUAGUUUAGGAGUUGCUGAGCCUAAAUUGGGGUCACAUAUAUAUGAAGAGACAAAAAUACCUUGCCAAAGCAAUGAAUUUGUUCUUGAGCUUCUUCGUGGUGUUAGACUACAUUUUGAAAGGUUCAUCAAGGACCUAAAGCCUGGUGACUUGGAGAAAGCCCAACUUGGUUUGGGGCACAGUUAUAGCAGGGCAAAGGUCAAGUUCAAUGUCAACCGUGUUGAUAAUAUGGUUAUUCAAGCAAUUUUCCUUCUUGAUACUCUUGACAAGGAUAUUAAUUCCUUUUCAAUGAGAGUCAGAGAAUGGUAUUCUUGGCAUUUCCCUGAAUUAGUGAAGAUUGUUAAUGACAACUAUCUUUAUGCAAAGCUUGCCAAGUUCAUUGAGGACAAGGCAAAGUUGUCAGAAGACAAAAUUCCUGAAUUAACAGACUUACUUGGAGAUGAAGAUAAAGCUAAGGAGGUUGUAGAAGCUGCCAAAGCAUCAAUGGGACAGGAUUUAUCUCCAAUUGACUUGAUUAAUGUCCAGCAGUUUGCUCAGAGAGUAAUGGAUCUCUCUGAGUAUAGGAAAAAGCUCUAUGAUUAUCUGGUUACUAAAAUGAAUGACAUUGCACCCAAUUUGGCCUCCUUGAUUGGUGAAGUUGUUGGUGCUCGUUUGAUUUCUCAUGCUGGCAGUCUAACAAAUCUGGCUAAGUGCCCUUCUUCUACCCUUCAGAUCCUUGGUGCUGAGAAGGCACUAUUCAGGGCAUUGAAAACUCGAGGAAACACACCAAAAUAUGGCUUGAUUUUCCAUUCAUCUUUUAUUGGUCGAGCAUCUGCCCGCAACAAGGGACGCAUGGCUCGUUAUCUGGCAAACAAAUGCUCAAUAGCAUCUCGGAUUGAUUGUUUUUCUGAGAGGGGCUCUACAAUUUUUGGAGAGAAACUGAGAGAACAAGUUGAAGAGCGUUUGGAUUUCUAUGACAAGGGAGUUGCACCUCGCAAAAACAUUGAUGUGAUGAAAGCUGCAAUUGAAGGUUCUCAAAAGACAGAUGUUGAAAUGGAAACAGAAGAACCAGCUGUACAUUCAGCUAAGAAGAGCAAGAAAAAGAAAUCCAAAUCUGAGGCUGCAGAGGGUGGUGAACCUAUGGCAGAGGAUAAACCAACAGUGGCUACAAAUGGAGAUGCUUCAGAGGAUGCUAAAUCGGAGAAGAAAAAGAAGAAAGAAAAGAGAAAAAUGGAGGAGGAGCAGGCUGUGGAGAAUUCAAAUGUUGUAAACGGGGAUGACGCAGACCAGGAUGGGGCUACCAAGAAGAAGAAAAAGAAGAAGAGUAAAGCCGAAGAUGAAGAAGAUGUGCAGCCUGCUAGUGACAUAAAGAAGAAAAAGAAGAAGAAAUCAAAAAAAGGGGACGAGGAAUGACUUCGACUGUUGUAUCUGAGUUGCUGCAUAAUAUUGUUUGUCAGCAGAAUUUUGAUUGUAGAAGUUGCCUUAGUUCUCUGUUAUUAAAUAUGAAUUGUGAUAAAAUUAGGUGUCCUGAAAACACGUGAAAUAUUCACUGGUUAUUUAAUUUUAAGUUUGUGUUUAUUUGUCUGUUCUUAGUAGAUUUUGAAUGUAGAGGGGAUAAAACUACCAUGGACAUUUGCUUCCAUGGCUAUUUAGAUCUGCUGUUUUUGGGUGGCUGGCAGGUGAAGGUUUUGACCGGAGGUCUUGAACGUUUGUGAUCUAAAAUUACAGCUGCAAGACGGCAAGACUUGAUUUUCUCUU